AUCCCCUAUGUAGGGUGAACAAUUUAUAUCUCCCUCCCCUCACAUGACAGCCGACUAAUUAGGGCCCCCAAACUAUCCAGUAUUUAAUGUUCAUUAAGAAAUAGGACUCAUAAACAUUGGCCGAGGCAAAAUGAAGACCGCAAUUCUUGCACACGUUUGUCUCUUUAUACUUAUGACCAAAACGAGUGCGAGCCAAUCCCCCUUUAGGAACUCGGACAAGGAGUGCCGAACGAUGCUGCCAUCUCGAGCAAGAUCACCGCCAAGAGAAGACAAAAGUCUUUAUGAAGUUCGUGUUAGUGACACAAUAUACCAUGAAGAUAUGCAUCACAUCGAAGUUAGCAUAGUGAACAUGACGAGUCGUCCCAUUGGAUGGGUCUUACUUCAGCCCCGACUGAAAGGGUGUGACGGACCGGAUGUAGAUCACAACAUCGGAGAGUUUGAGAUGCUCCCCGGAAAUGAUUAUUUCGAGUUUUUGAACUGUAGACAAAAUCCAAAGGGCGCUGUUGUAACGAAACAAUGGUCAGGAAAACCUUAUGAAGGAAAAAUUGAAGUCAACUUCGUCAUAACCACUACCAAAAGAAAGAUUAAAUUCAGGGCCACUAUCAUUAGCCCAGAUGGUAACAUCUAUCUACAUAAUGACAGCGAGGAAAUUCGUUACAUUUCGCUAAAGGGAACAGAUCUCAGUAAAGCAGAGGAAUGUCCAAAGAUCAAACAUUUUGCCCUUCAAGUUGAGUCAAACAAUGAAGCUAAUUCAUGCCAUACGAGCAAUUAUUUCAUAUUUAUAGUGUUUUUAUUUGGUUUGUCGUAUUUUUACUAAUUUGUGAUUUGGACAAAACUCUUCACCGAACAAGAGGUGAUAUCAAAGGAAUUCCAACGUUAAUCGUGUGACGCUUGCCUCGUAAGCAGGAAAUGCGCAUGCCCAGUUCAUUGACAUCAGACAGACGCCUGCCAUGACAAGUCAACUUUAUCAUCAUCUCAUCAGUGAAGAAGACCGUGAAAUGGACAUAAACACUAAUUCUCAUUGACUACAAAAUCAGUUUACGUAUGAAAUCUGCGUGGAGGCGACAGUUGUAGCAGAUUUGGUAUCUUUAAAAUCCAUUAAUGUUAUUUAACAAAAAAAUUUAAGUCGAUUUUUGAAUAAAUUUGCGAUAUCUUA